UUUCCCCUCUCCCUUAAAAGGCCCCAAAAAACAACCAUUUUUAUUACCCAAUGCAAAUGGCUGAUCUUUCAGCUAAUAACAACGCCCACCAAAUUGACCAACAAACGCCCGCUCCUUCGACAUCACAUUCUGACCCUUCAAACCCCCCUCCACCCCUCUCUCUCUUCCCCCCACCUGACCCACAACCCAGUUUCCCAAUUUCUUGCGAAAACCCAUCUCCUACCCACCUCCUUCACCCGCCCGUUACCUCGCCGUCGAAAGGCGGCGGAGCGUCGGGGGAGCACCCGACUCCGAAUUUGGCAGUUGCUGUUGAAAACCCAUCUCCACAACUCCAACUGCCCGUAGCCACUGUUAGUGAGCAAGACUCGACUCCCAGUUUUUUUGAUAAUUCGAGUGUCCUGUCCAACUUACCCGCGGCUGCUCGGCUGAACCCGGGUCCCAAUUUGACGGUAACUUGCGAAAACCCAUCUCCCAAGCACCGUCAACCAGCCUUGGCUCCCGUUACCUCGCCGACGAAAGGGAAGCACCCGAGUUUUCGAGGGAUACGGUGCCGUAGCGGGAAAUGGGUGUCCGAGAUACGCGAGCCACGCAAGGCGAACCGGAUAUGGCUGGGGACCCACCCGAGUCCUGAAAUGGCGGCCGCUGCGUAUGACGUGGCGGCGCUGGCACUUAAAGGCCCCGACGCCGUUUUGAACUUCCCCGAGUCGGUCCUGUCGUAUCCCGUCCCGGCCUCUCCGUCCCCGUCUGAUGUGCGCGCCGCGGCCGCUGCUGCGGCGCGAGCGGUGCGACAUCGGAGGGCGGGAAGGGUGGAGAAGUCGGAACAGAGUGAAGAGGUGAAGAAUGAGGAGAUGGGUUGUGACGAUACGUCGUCGUCUGGGCAGGAGUUUAUAGACGAGGAGGCGAUUUUCGGUCUGCCGAAUAUGCUGGUGGAUAUGGCGGAGGGAAUGCUGUUAAGUCCGCCGAGGAUCAAGGUGCCGCCGUCUGUUGACUCCGGGGAAAAUUCAGAUGUAGAAGGUGAUCUAUGGAGUUGAUUAGGUGACUCUGUAUAGGGAGAAUGAUUUUAUAAACAGGAUUAUUGUUUACGAAAUAUGAUUAAAUGGAUGUGGUUGCCAUUUAUGAAAUUUUGAUUUACAAAA